AAGAAGACGCCAGAGAGAAACCGCAAGAAAGCAAAAACUUAAACAACGUAGCCGAAGAAAGAUUAUAAAUACACACUCUCUCUCACACACAUGUUCACGCUUCUGAGAAAUUUCUGAGUUUUCGAAGAACCAUUUCGUGUGGUUUUGCGUCGCGUGGUCGAGAGAACGAUGAACCAGCAGAAUCAAGACACCAUGAACUCACCUCCUUCUGCUGCUAAUGAUGGCUUGGCUAAGCGAAAAAGAGGCCGACCGCGCAAAGAUGAAAACUCAACUCCAAAACCGGACACCAAUUUGGUAGGUAAGGUGGUUACUGGUGUAGUCGAAGGAUCUUUCGACGCAGGCUAUCUCCUUAAUGUUAAGGUUAAAGACAGUGACACCAAACUCAGAGGUCUCGUGUUCAUACCGGGCAGAGUCAAUCCGAUUACUCCAGAAAAUGAUGUGGCUCCUCUUGUUAAAAUAUACGAAAGAGAAGAUAUCAAGAACAACCAAGCUGAUCAUUCUUUCCCUACUGAUCAACCAAUGAAAGAUGCUGCUGUCACUACUGACUUGGAUAUUUCUGAAUCCACUCGAGCUUUGGUCCUAGUGCCACAAGCUAGCAAUGGCCAACCGGAAGAAGCUACGAUGGAGAAAGAUGGAGUCAUUGCACAACAUGCUGACACUCGGUUAGUGGAGUUUUUUCCAACUCCAGGGACAAUGAUGAUGACGACUGCUCAACCGAAUUUUGUCUUGGUACCGAAAGAGACAGAACAAGGGAAAUCUCUUGGUGAAACUCGUGGAUUCGAUCUUAUGGCCAAGGAACCGGUUUGUCAAGGAGAGAAAGUGCCAGAGCAGCUUCAGCUAGAGCUUGGAAACAAGACAACAUUGAGUGGAGACAACAACAUGUUGCGAACUUGUGUGUCGAAGAGUGGCUUUAUUGCGAACUUGCUUGAAGGAGAGGAGAAGAAGGUUGAUAGCAACAUGGAAGAAGAAGUUACUCCAUCAGUGCAGUAGUUAAAACUCUAUUCGGUUGUUUUGGGGAAUAUGUAACAGACCCCAUUAUAUUUUGUGUUGUCUUCUCUUUCUGUUCUUAUUUUACAGACCACAGUGCUGUGUGUUUAUGAUACCAUUUGUUUUUCUGGUUUUGCUAACAUUUGUUUUUAAUCUCUUCUUCUUAAAGCUGGCAACUAUUAAGGCUAUA